AUGGCAGGCGAUACAGACAUGUUGUCGGAUCGCUCUGAUAAAUUGUGUGCUAUUUGUUCAUCCAGCAUAAGAAAAAGUGGUGUAAAGUGUGCAAAUGAUAAAUGUGAUGUUGUAAUUCAUACCAAGUAUUUUGAAGCAGUUGCAAGGGUGUUUUUAGCAGAUAGAUGGGAGUGGCAAUGUAAGUCAUGUCUACUUAAUAAUGAUGGUCAUUCUAAAUCGGACAAUUUGCCAGACCUUAAACAAAAAUUAAUUUUUCUUGCAUACAUAAAACGAGAAACUAAAAACUUAAACGAUCUCAUUGAAGAACUAAAAUUAAAUAAUAAUCUACUAAAAGAUAAAAUCAAUUCAUUCGAGAAACAUGCCGCACCGAUGUCGAACUUUUUUGCUCCUAGUACGAACAGUUCUGCUUUUUACAGCGAUGUUGCAAAAAACCAGUGACUAAUUCUCAAUUACCUUCUUCUAGUCUGAUAAUAAAAAGUACUAAUAAAGGGAACUUCAAAACUGAUAAUAUAUUAGAAGAUAUUCAAAAACAUAUUAACCCUGUUAAUUUAAAUGUAUGCAUAAAUAAUACGAAG